ACAGGCACAGCCCGCCUCCACACCUCCGUCCCAAGCAACGCGGCGCGGCGGUUACCAUCAUCGGCGCCGGCGCCCUGAUCAGACUCCGCGAAGAGCACCCACAGGCGGGGAUCCACAGGUAAGCACGCGCCAGACAUGGACGCGCCCCAGCACCUCCUCCUCGGCGCGCUCCUCUUCCUCCUCCCCGCCGCGCUCCUACUCGUCUGCGCGCGGGGGAAGCGCCUGCGCCUCCCGCCGGGCCCGCCGUCCCUGCCGCUUCUCGGCAGCGUGGUGUGGCUCACCAACUCGCCCGCAGAGAUCGAGCCCCUGCUUCGGCGCCUCUUCGACCGGCACGGCCCCGUCGUGGCGCUCCGCGUCGGGGCGCGCCUCUCCGUCUUCGUCGCCGACCGCCGCCUCGCCCACGCGGCGCUCGUCGAGCGCAGCGCCGCGCUGGCGGACCGCCCGCGGCUCGCGUCCGUCAGGCUCCUCGGCGAGAACGACAACACCAUCACCCGCGCCAGCUACGGGCCCGUGUGGCGCCUCCUGCGCCGCAACCUCGUCGCCGAGACGCUGCAACCGUCGCGGGUGAGGCUCUUCGCGCCGGCCCGCGCCUGGGUGCGCCGCGUCCUCGUCGACAAGCUCGAGGAGCCCGGGCCCGACGCGGCGCCGCCCCGCGUCGUGGAGACGUUCCAGUACGCCAUGUUCUGCCUCCUCGUGCUCAUGUGCUUCGGCGAGCGCCUCGAUGAGCCCGCGGUGCGCGCGAUCGCCGCCGCGCAGCGGGAGUCGCUCAUCUACCUCUCCAGGAACAUGACCGUCUUCGCCUUCAUCCCGGCGGUCACCAAGCACCUCUUCCGCGCCCGCCUCGACAAGGCACGGGCGCUGCGGCGGCGCAUCAAGGAGCUCUACCUGCCGCUCAUCAACGCGCGGCGCGAGUACAGGAAGCGGGGCGGCGAGCCGAAGAAGGAAACCACGUUCGAGCACUCGUACGUCGACACCCUGCUCGACAUCAAGCUCCACGAGGAUGGCGAUCGCCCGCUUACCAACGAUGAGAUCAUCCUCCUCUGCUCCGAGUUCCUCAACGCCGGGACGGACACCACCUCCACCGGUCUCCAGUGGAUCAUGGCGGAGCUUGUCAAGAACCCAAAAAUCCAAGAGAAGCUCUACGACGAGAUCAAAGCUGCCACCAAUGACGACAAGGAAGAGGUCUCCGAGGAGGAUGUCCACAAGAUGCCGUACCUCAAGGCGGUAAUCCUCGAGGGCCUCCGGAAGCACCCGCCGGGCCACUUCGUGCUGCCGCACAAGGCGGCGGAGGACAUGGAGAUCGGCGGGUACCUGAUCCCCAAGGGUACCACGGUGAACUUCAUGGUUGCCGAGAUGGGCCGGGACGAGCGGGAGUGGAAGAACCCGAUGGAGUUCUCGCCUGAGCGGUUCCUUCCUGGCGGCGACGGCGAGGGCGUGGACGUGACGGGCACCAAGGGCAUCAGGAUGAUGCCGUUUGGCGCGGGCCGGAGGAUCUGCGCGGGUCUGGGCAUGGCCAUGCUCCACCUGGAGUACUUCGUGGCAAACAUGGUGCGGGAGUUCGAGUGGGAGGAGGUGCCCGGCGAGGAGGUGGACUUCGCCGAGAAGAACGAGUUCACCACCGUCAUGAUGAAGCCGCUACGCCCGCGCCUUGUGCCGAGGAGGACUCAAAAGAGUAUGAGUACUCACUAGCUAUCUAGAAUUACCACGAUACGUAGCAGAGUGAUUCUGUAGUUUCUUGCUUCGUGAUGUAAAUAGCGAUGAAGGGUACUACACAAUAAUAGCCGUCAAGAAUUACAGUUCUUCAAUAACUGGCAGGGAGAUUGUAAUGUUCGUAGAUUGGUUUCAUGAUUUCAUCUUCGUGUUGAUUGUGGAUGAUUUCGCGAGUAAUGGAAGAUCUCUAGCAGACUAGCCAAACUAUGCCAGUUAUUAGACAACAGAGAUACUCUUGGAUAACUGAAUUGCUGCUGCAUGUGUCUUCAGAGUUGAGAUGCUCUCGAUUCACAAUUUCCCAUUUCCGUGUUGAGCAAUCAGAAGUUUUGUAGCAGCUGUUGAGAUUUCCGGUUAUUGCUUAGCCUCACUAGCAGAGUGACUCUAAUUGUACUGUUUCCUGUUCAGUUUCAUCACGAUGAAGACUGCGGAUGAUUUGUUCAGCGUUGUAAA